CAGGCGCAGUAUGUACUACUAUGUGCAGGAUGCAGCCAACAAGACGCAACAACCCUAAAUCAGCAGAAGGCGAGUUCCAGCCUUUUGGGAGUACCUUUGGUUCUUGCCUAUUAAUUGCGCAGCGCCGCUUUCCAGUUUCCGCGGAAAAUUCAGAGUCAAUUUCAUCUCUUCUCUUACUCAUGAGGUGCGGAAGUACAGCCCACAGACCGAACCAGCAACUAUGAUUUCUUGUCCAAGCAACUAUCUAAUUAUUGCGCCAGGACAUCAGAUUCGCACAUUCGGGCAUGUCCAAACACAUUCGCAACGCAGCCUCUGUUCGAUCAUCGCCUCCGGGUUGAGGCAACUUUGAAUUCUUCGGCCAUUCCUCUAUCACCAUUUUGCGGAAAUUCGACGACUUACUCACAAUCUGUCACCGGCAAACCUCGUGAUAUGGCGCUCGUCGGCCUGUUGUCCCUGCCCGUCGAGGUAACCUGUCUCAUCCUCCAGGACUGCGAUAGCUUCGCCGACUUGUUCGCGGCCGUUACGACAUGCAGACGCCUAUUCGCCGUCUUUGAGGCCAAUACGGGUUCCAUCGCCCGGCCCAUCGGUCUUCGCCGUUUUGUUGCCUGGGACAUGGCAAUUCUCGCCAUGCGCAUCACCAAACUGGCCGUGGAUGCUUACCGGGCCGAUACAAUGCUUCGCCCCCAAGACAUGUACCCGUUGGAGCAGUUGAGCGGCGCAAAUCGACCCCCUUCCCUGCCCGAGUUUCGAGAGCUAUUCCCUCUGCAACACUUUUGCCGCUGCGUGGAACAUCUGAUGCUCGUCAAAACAACCAUGCCGGCCUUUGUCGGCAACGUCCCGGCUGACAAGACAGUCCUCGAGGCGGUGGUGGGACACUGGCCUCGCAACGAUCCGGAUUUCCCUGCUAUGCACCGCGCCUGGAAGGAGAGGCUGCACACGACAAUAUACCGGCUGGUCAUUGCUGGCGCAGCGCUCUCGAUGGCCUACAACGAGCCGUUCAUCCGCGCAGACAGAAUACCUGACUUUCUUGAGCGCUGCACUGACGAAUCGGCGCCGCAGCCUGGCAGCUACUAUUCGCUGCUCCGCACGGGUGCGCAACAUGCGUGUAUAAAGCCGGAAGACCUGCGAUAUCUUCGCCAAUUCCCCGUCUAUCGCACGUACAAGCAGUUCACGCCCUACGACGUCGACGAAGAGACUGCCUUUGUGGGCCUCGCAGGCUGGCUGGCCCGGGAUAUGAGGAGGCUGGCAGAUGCCGAGAACGAGACGCUGCCUCACGGCGGUGGAUUUAUGGGACCAUGGCCAAUUACGUUACAAAUCAUGCAGACAGUCCACGUGGUGGACCUGCUGAACACGCUGAUCACGCAGGCGGGAGGUCAGAGAGGUUCCCUUCGCACACCAUAUACACCAAUAAUGAGACCGUGUCGUCAAGGCCCACAGGGCAAGACCAGAAAGGUCACGGUAGUUCUCCACGGCGUAUGGCGGCCCGAGGAAAUCACCAUGCCCGCCCGGCCCGGGGACGAGAUGUGGCUAGGGGCCGGAUUCGCCCGAACCCAUCUAUUCGCGGAGCUGGCCGCCACGGGCCCGGACAUGGGCAGGGGAUGUCCCUCGUAUCACAAGACAAUCAACCUUGCGGUGCUCCUCAAGGAUUUGUCGCAGAUUAGGUUCGAUGGCAGCCUCCAGGCUUGGUGGACUGAUCCGGAGUACCGGCUGUUCCAUUUCAUGCUCCGCGCACAUGCAGGAAUCGACUGCGCCGAGGAGUUCUUUCUGCAGCACACUGCGCAGUGGGUGCACUUCGUCACAAUACUCAGCUUCCGCCUUCCGUUCUACAGCAAUCUUUUUAGCCACAUGAUUGCCAGCUACAACCCAACCGAGACGGCUGAUGCCGCGGAUGUGCUUGACGGGCCAAGUAGAUAGGCUUG